GGCGGAGUCUGAGCCAACAUGAGGGAAAAUAAGAACAUGUCUGAGUCCCCUUCUCAAGCGGGAAAAGAAAUACCGGCUAAGAAGCAAAAACUGAGCAGUGACGAGAACAGCAAUCCCGAUUUGUCAGGAGAUGAGAAUGAUGAUGCAGUGAGCGUUGAAAGUGGGACAAAUGCGGAGCGACCUGACACACCCACCAACACCGCAAACGCACCUGGCAGGAAAAGCUGGGGCAAGGGGAAAUGGAAGUACAAAAAGUGCAGAUAUUCUUUCAAGUGUGUCAACAGCCUUCGAGAGGACCACGGACAGCCCCUUUUUGGAGUCCAAUUUAACUGGCACAGCAAGGAAGGAGAUCCACUGGUGUUUGCUACAGUUGGCAGUAACCGGGUAACUCUGUACGAGUGUCACUCUCAGGGAGAGGUCCGCCUGCUGCAGUCCUACGUUGAUGCUGAUGCUGACGAGAAUUUCUACACAUGUGCCUGGACUUAUGACACCAGCACAAGUCACCCCCUGCUGGCAGUUGCUGGAUCCAGAGGGAUCAUUCGGGUGAUCAAUCACAUCACUAUGCAGUGCAUCAAGCAUUACGUGGGUCAUGGAAAUGCCAUUAACGAGCUGAAGUUUCAUCCCAGGGAUCCAAAUCUUCUCCUCUCUGUCAGCAAAGACCACGCCCUUCGCCUGUGGAACAUCCAAACGGACACCCUCGUGGCUAUAUUCGGAGGUGUGGAGGGUCAUCGCGAUGAAGUCCUGAGUGCUGACUUUGAUCUUCUGGGAGAAAAGAUCAUGUCAUGUGGGAUGGACCACUCUUUGAAACUUUGGCGGAUCAACUCUGAACGAAUGCAGAAAGCCAUUCGUGGGUCUUAUGAAUACAACCCAUCCAAGACCAACAGACCUUUCGUGUCUGAGAAAAUCCACUUUCCAGACUUCUCCACCCGAGACAUUCAUCGCAACUAUGUGGACUGCGUGCGAUGGCUCGGAGACCUCAUUCUAUCAAAGUCUUGUGAAAAUGCCAUUGUAUGUUGGAAACCUGGCAAAAUGGAGGACGACAUCGAUCACAUCAAACCCAAUGAGUCUAACGUGACCAUACUGGGACGCUUUGAUUACAGUCAGUGUGACAUUUGGUACAUGCGCUUCUCCAUGGACUUCUGGCAGAAGAUGCUCGCUCUUGGAAACCAGGUGGGGAAGCUUUAUGUUUGGGACCUGGAGGUGGAGGAUCCGCAUAAAGCAAAAUGCACCACGCUGACGCUUCCCAAAUGCACAUCGGCCAUCCGUCAAACCAGCUUCAGCCGGGACAGCAGCAUCCUGAUCGCUGUGUGUGAUGAUGCCUCCAUCUGGCGCUGGGAUCGACAGCGCUGAAGCUUACAUGAAAUACACGUUUCAAAGUCACACUUCAGUUAGUAAAAAGGCGCUUGAGCGUUUCCUGUUUUCUUUUCAUUGUAGACUUGAUCAUGGCUCUUUGACGCGUGUUUGGCCACACUUUUUCAAGAUGCUUUUGUCCCUUCAGAGUGCCUUCUAGUUUCCUAUGCAGUUGCAGUCUACCUUUGACUUUGAAGUAAAACAUCCUGGCUGCACACCUACACCUCAUGACAAUGACGAAAAUAACCCAGUUGUUUUUAUUAUGAUUGUGUAACAUUUUACCCAGCUGCCCUUUUUUUGUCAUGCCAUACUUUCACUUUAUUGACGAUACAUUUUAGGUCAAGGGAAUGUUAUGGUGAUGAUAAAGGCAUGUGAUUCUGAAGUACGUGAAACAAGUGUUGCUUCACACAGAAGAUAAGCAGACACCUGCUUCUAAAUUGAUCGGUCAGCAGAUGACGAGCUUAACAGUCUCUUGUGAAGCUGAUGUAAAUGACUGUGGA